AUGCCCAGCUAUACCGGAAAAUGCGUUUGUGGUAACGUCAAGUACAGCGUGUCAUUAGACUCGCCCGAUGACGCACGAACAUCACUUUGUCAUUGUGGAAGUUGUAAAAGGGCAUUUGGAACCAAUUUUGGACUUACCACAAAGGUCGCACUUGAUGGCUUCAGCUACGACCAAGGCAAACCCAAGACCUUCAAGCAGGAGAAUGGCGUUGUUCGAGAGUUUUGCCACAAUUGCGGAGCUUUCAUCUGUGAAUAUGGUGAACAAGCUGCGGACAAGUUUCGAUACAUCAUGUGGGGAACCUUUGACGAACCUGACAAGUUUCCUCCCAAGGGAGAGUUCUUCUGCAAGUAUAGGGAGAGCUGGAUGCCAGAAGUGCCAGAUAUAUUUCAUAAGAAUGAGAUCAAGGAAUAA